AAGCUUAUCCAUGGAAACUACGGACGCUUGGGAGUGCACUCUUCACAAAGUAGACAGUGUUCGUGUAGAAAACGUAUAUAAUAUUAACUGUUUUAUGUUGCCAAGUUGAUAUUAAACUCCAGCGAGUCAUGAAGGACGUCAAAUAAUUCAGUUAAAAUAGGUAGUUAGCUAGCUAGUAUGUUUUUAGCCACUAUCUAGCUAACUUUAGUGCCUCUCUAACGCUGGAUGAAACUUUGCCAGACUACGCGAGUUGCUGUAAAAAUAUCGUGCGAAAAUGUAGAAAUAUUUACGUGAAUUUAUUAAGAAACAAUCCAAAGCACAGCGUCAAGGAGAGCGUAAAUUUAAAGAUGUGGAAACGAGGCGGCCGAAGCUCCGCUCUGGACCGAGCUCAGGCGCUGCUGUCGGCUAAGAAGAGCAGCAGAGGAGGCACACCGAGCUCCAUACAGGGCUCCUCAGCCAACACACAGGGUUUUGUGGGCGAGUCUGUCAAAACCAGAUCUGCUCCACCAAAUACACACAAUUUACUGUCUGAUCUGAGUGACUUGUCGUCGGCUUCAGAGCAUGGAGCUAAUGCUUUCAGAUCUGCAAAUGCUGAGAAGAACCAUGGAAGACAAGCAGAUUCCAACAAGGAUCUCAGGCCUCACAGCUCACUGGGAGGAGGCAGCAGGUUCUUGAAGAAGGUUCCACCACCAACAAACAGCAGCCAGUCACCUGUCAAGAGGAAAGAAAAACAGCAGAUGCCUGAACCAAGAUCUAUGCCAUCUUCCUUGCGUACCUCCCAAACUACAGCUUUGAAUAAACUGGCUGAAAUUGAGAGCCGGAUCCGCAGUCGAAAGCAGACUCAGGAACAAACCAGACAGGGGACAAAAUCUGCCCUCAAUCCAGUGUCAGACUUGGAAAUCUCACCACGGCCACCAUCCAUCCAGUCCCCGGAGGCCCCUGUGCAGCUCUCAGCACAGUCCAGCAGUGAGCAGAGUCCGAGAGGAAACCGUUUCCUUAAGAACAAAGCAGCUGGAGCUAUUGAAAACUCUGCUCCUGCUGUGGCUCCAAAGAGCCCAGGUGUUGGUGUCAGGUCCAGGUCCAGAGUCGCUAAUCCUGUCAGCCCUUUAGAGGGUUUGGAGAUGAAGUCAGUGAGAAUAACAACUGGUAUGAGUCUGGAAAGUGAUGAAGAAGAUAUGAAGAAGCUGCUUGGAGACUCGCUAGAUUCAGCAGACUACAGCUUCUUAAAAGCAGGGAGACCUUCUUCCACGAAAAAGGCAGACAAGACGUUCAGCCAAAGCAGUCAGAGGCUUCAGUCCACGCCUCCUCCUCCUGCUGUUGCUGUCAGUUCUUCAUCGUCCUCAGCAUCACCUCGCUCCCCUGCAUCUCCUCCUCAUCGCAGUUCUCCUUUUCGAUUCACCGGCCAGGCUCAAGCCCACUUCAGCCCCUCUGUACUCUCUCCAUCUCCCUCCCCUCCCUGCGUCUCCCCCUCUCCUCCAGGGAGACCAGGCUUGUCUCACAAGAUGGAGAGUCCACCGCGUUCCCUCUCGUCCAUGUCGGGCCGUGGUGAAGUGCUCUCUCUGGAGGAGCUCUUCCCUGUUGGGCCUGGCUCUGAAGAUCCACACAGCGAGAUGAGAUCAGUCUCUUCUGAGGACUUCAAGAUAAAUGUGAUGACACUAGACGACCUUGUGCCUGAUACCGUUGGAUUUACUGUGGAAAAACAAGGAGAACAGGGGGAAACCAAACGUAGCGCCCUUGUUCAUGGAUCCCCAGACAGACAGCAGCUGCCAAAGCAGGAAGACGAGGUGCUAGACUACCAAAGUGACUUCGAGAGUGAGAGCCAGGCAGAGAUGAAUUACAGUGCCAGCCAGGUUUCAGAGCAUCUACAAGGGGAUGGAGAUGAAGAUAAGGUGUUGUCCGAGGUCAAAGAGGAUUCAGAGGUGUCUCAUGGGAGGACAGAAGAUGAUUAUUCGAGUGCUUUCUCAGACACAAGUCACUCACGGACCUCAGAUCGCAGUCGUACGUCAAAAUCAUUCAGCAGAAGCAGGGAUUCGAGAUCCUCAGUGUCGCAUGGCAGCUGGACUUCAUCUCAGCAGACGAAGAGGAAGGCUUCAGAUAGAAAGGCUUUAAAGGAGGCAGCAGUACAGACACAGCCUGAUCCACUGGCUACCACAUGGUCAACUGGUGUGGCUGCACUGGGCCCUGCAGUGAGCUUGAGCUACAUGAAUCCCAUUCCAGCAGUCACUCCUAGUGUCAGUGCAGAAAUGGUGGAAGCCAUCAGCACCUUCAAUCCAGCUGUAUUUGCUCUCAAUGAGAUGUUGAAACAGCAGCUCGCCCUGACGAGGCGGUUCAUCGAAAGCAGCCGCCAUCUGCACUCCAGACUGGUGAAGAGCCUGGAACCACCAGAUUACAGAUACACCAGGCUGGAGGACACAAAGCAGUACAUUCGCAAACACAGAUCUCCCAAACUCAGGACGGAGGAAGCCUUAGAAGAAGUGCUGCAGGAGAUGAGAGACCACCACUGUAUGUAACAGCUGGUACACCAGACACUUUGUCACGCUCUUCUUAUUAUGAGAGUUUUAUACAUAUUUAUAUACUAAUAUUUUAUAUUGUUUAUCAACUAUAAAACAUGCCAUAAAGACUUGAAGCGCUA